AUGGACUCACUAUUUGCUCUAUUUGAUUAAUUCUUUAGAAUAAAUCUGACAUAAUAUCCAUAAAAUUAAUAAGCAUAUUUGUCUGAAAGUUGGGAAUAAUUUUUAUGCUUAUUAUAAACAUAACCAUUAGAUUAUGGAAAAAUUUAUACAUUGAUAAAUAGGAUAAAUUAUGAGGAUAUGAAAGUUGAAAAGAAUGAAAGGUAGAGUUCAAGUCAAAGAUAUAUUGCUAGAAAUAUUACAGCAGCCUCAUCUCCUAGAAUAGUCUCAUCAUCAGUAUAAAAAAAUAGUAACUAAAUAAAUCAAUAAUUAAAAAGGCACUAAUGUUUUAUCCAAAAUAGCAUAAGUAGAUAUUGUUGCCAGUCCAAAAAUAACUGUUUCUAAUCUUACUAGUUAAUAAUCAUUAACAAAUAAAACUUCUUUGUAAUAAAAUGUUAAAUAAUAAGUAAGACUUUAAAUCAAAAUAGUAAAUGAUAGAUGAAUUCAAUCGAAAUUUAUUACUGAGCAAAAUCAAAGAACUUUAAUUUAAUUUCUCUGUCUCUACAGAUAAAUUAUAUGCAAUAGCAAGAGUAUCACAUUCAAGAGGAGAUAAUUAACAUACAUCUAAAUCUCCAAUCAAAUAUCCAUUAUCAUAAUAUAUAAAUAAAUCAAGAGGAAGCAAUCACUCAGCAGAACAUUAUAAAAUUGUAGUUUGA